UCUUCGAGUUAGUUACAGUGGAGAAGCGUACUCGAGACUUUAGAAGACUCGACAGAAAUCUGGACAAAAUGUCGAUGACUGGGAGCUUAAUGGGAUACGAAAACAAUAACGAUGUGAACCAGGCCAAGUGUAAAAAGCCGUUGAAGCCGCUGCCGGUUGUAUCGAGUAUAAGCUCCGGUGGUGUUACCACGACCACGGGCAAGUCGAAGAGGGCACGAAAAUCUACGAGGAAAGAAUCAUGUAUACGCGGUCAUGUGAACAGCCUCUGGUCCGUCUGGUACGGCAUCGUUGCUGUCGCUUUUCAAGCGUACAUAGCAAUGAGAUACGCCAGACGAUUCGCCGCUUACUUGUCAUUACCAUGGCCAGCGGACGCGCCACCUCCUAAAAUUGAAUUGUAUGCCUGCCUGGUGCUAGCCGGCACCGGAGUUGUUCUACUUCCGGUGCUACUUGGUGCGGCGUUCUUGAAACUCGGUAAUCUAGCAAACGAUGGAAUAAAAUUAGGUCGACAUUUGAGUGCUUGUUCGCGCGACCCUCCAUCUUCGCUUCUCACUAAUAAUCCUGAUAAUAGUCUGGUGAAUAAUUUAUGGAGACACGGUGGCCCUACAGCGACCUUCGUGCAUCUCUGCACGGCCAUGUGCUUCCUCCUACCCUCUCUGCUCAUGGAAGCGAGGCUAAUACACGCUGGAUUUCUGCCAAAAGAUACCAUAUGGAGGACCGAUUUGGACUGGAUGGUGAUACAUCGCGAUCGCUUAGUGUUACUAAGUUUUAUGAAUCCGAUCGGCAACUUGAGUACUGGUUCAGUAACUUCUCAAUCUUUUAUAACUCCAGAUGAUGAUAUUAAUGAGAACCUCGAUGAAUUAACCACUCCAAUACCUACAACAAACAUGGUGCUUCCCGAUGCUGUAGAGGCUCGUAUCGAGACAACUACUAGAUUCUUAACCGUUCUUCAUCCAAUCACAGAUCCACCUUUAUCCUACACUACUUCGAUCCCUAGUACGAUCCCCAGCAAGUCUACGACGAACGCUGAAACGACUUCAACAACUCUAAAAACGAUAUCGCUCCCAAAAAACAGUACUGCAAGACGUCCAACCGCAAGACCCAUCACUAGGAACGCAAGUUCGAAAGGUAGAUCGAAGGCAAAGAAUUUUAUGAGGUUAUCCACCACGGCUAAACCUGCCAGAGUCGUCGAAGGAAACAUGACGGCUCAAAGUAUGUCGUUAACAAUGAACAGUCUGGCUGAUCUUGAUCAUCCCGAAAACUUGAAUCUGGAACUUCAAACAGCCGAGUCAUACGGUCCGAUUACUCUAGAAUAUCUCAAUUACGCCACCGCGCUCGGCGUCUAUUCAGUAAGAUACCCCGCCGUCUUCUGGUCAUGCAACAAAGCAUUGGGCACGAUUUUCAGUCUGCAGUUGGUCGUAAAUUCAGCGCAGAGUCUGCUGGCUUACGCUGGAAUGUCCGUCCUUUACAAGGUUCAGGUGGUAGGUGCCUUGAAGGUCUUGCCGCAUCUUCGGCAUCGCACCGUGCCGACAACCAGUACAAUUUCGACAAUAUUUGGAGAUUCUUACUUUCUACUAGAUCCUCCAGUAACUCUCGUGCUCUUUGCUCUCUUGUCCUUUUUAGUGCUCUGCUCCAGCAUGGUCAUGUACUUCUACGCUCAUGGCAGGUUUACGGCGUUCUUGAAUCAGGAACGUGAACGUCGCGUGAUCCUGUCGAAGGAUAGCCGCGAGGGCAACGGUUGGGUCUAUCUACCUCAUUGCGCCGCGUUCGUCGUGUUCCUGGCAAUCGUGAUCUGCGGUGCGCCGUUGCUCUAUGAUUUCACGGUGGUGUAUCGCGGUAGCCUGGACGGUGCCAUUCUUGCCUGUAUCGUCGGUAUGAUCCUGCAUCUUCUCCUCUGGCUGCUACUCUGGAUAUUCCUCACCAUCAAGCAACGAUGGACGUUCAAGUUGCGCGUGACCAUCGGACGCGCCACUGUGAGGUCCGCGAGGUCGGUCAAACUUGUGACCGACGUCGACUUACUCUCGGCGAGGGACGACGACGAUGGCACCAACGCGCCGUUGCUCGUCGUCGGUAACGGCAGGACUUACACUAUCGCCGACAGUUCGCCAAAGAGAGCCAUCAUGAGUGUAAUACAGAAGGCCGCCAUAGAGAGAAAAGCGCGAUCGCAAGGUGGAAACGUCGAUGGAGUCGACGGCGAAUCGACAGCUGACGGUGAUGAGCAGAUCUACUGGCUUAGACCGAAAUUACGUCCCUCGCCUACACAAUCCCCGAGCGACACCAGUGGUGCACCGACGUCCGAUAAGGGCUGGCUGAACAAGAAGCUCAAGCAUAAGGUCACCUUUAACGACCUGCCUAGUACGUCAGGCUCGCGUAAUAAGGGAAAAGCCAGACGAGGCGUCGCUGACGGCGGGCCUGACGAUGACGGAGAUUACGCCACGUUACGCGAAUUACCGUUAAUCACCUCGCUGGAUCCUGCCGAUGAUUCUACCUCUGAAGAAAAUAAGUUGCUCGAGUGCGUGAACGACGAUCAAGUGACUUACUACGCGAGUGCGAGUCGCGAUCUACAACCGUCGGAAGGUGAUCCUUCGCCUCUUCUGACCCCAGAUCCUCUACCCGAUCCCGCAGAAGAACCGCUUCCAUUGCCACCCCCGACUCCAACAUCCGCACCAACUACCGAUAUUGUCACGGCGCCAUUAACUACAAAUGCCCAGAUGAACGGCGGGCAGACGCCGCGAUGCCUGCGCCGUGCGGAUUCGGGGAUGCCGCAUGAUGAGUUGACACCACGCUCGGACUCCUCGAACUCGCCACCCUUGGACACGGUAGGCAGUGGUGGUGGUGCCGGUUCGGUAACCGGUCACAGCAACACCAGUAGCAACAGCGAAACGUCGAGCGGCGUGCACAGUAACGCAAGUAACGCCAGCAACGCCAGCCACAGUAGCUCCCAGCGUCGGGCGACCAGCGUGGACGACCUAACCGGAGAGCCGCGCGAGGAGCCGCGCGAGCAAUGGCGCAGCUGCUCCCUUCAGCGUGGUACACAGCCACCCUCAGCGAAUAUGACGUUCUCACCGCCCAACAGUCGCCCUGGCACCAGUCAAUCCUUCUCCUCGCCGCAAUACGUAAACCAUGUGCCGCCGUACAGUAAUGCUGUUAACGAGAUUGGCUCCGGCUGUCCGGCAGUCAUCCUGGAGAACCCAAAUGAGGCGACGGUCGUGAUCCGUCGCAAGCUCUCGAGAACGAAGCUCACGGAUCCGUUGAAUCCGAAUGAGGAACCGUUUGGUCGAUCCACCAAUAUGAGGAUGACUUCCUUCACCGAGAGCAACGAUAUUCGCAUACAGGCCUCCUCGGCAACUUUGCCGCAUUAUCCUACACAGCCUAUCGUCACCUAUCCUCACUGCUCCACGAUGCCGCUGCCGCAUGCGUCCCAUAGUGUGGCCACGGCGAACAUGAGCGGUGGCUCCACCGGCAGCUGCGGAUCCGUGCCAAGGCACACCUUCGUGCCUCCGCAGGUCCACUCCACUAUGCCAGCACAUACGACUCUUCCGUCGCAUCAUAAUGGCGUCAGGCUGCUCCACGCUAACGUCGUUGGCCCUAACAAUCCCUUCGUCAAGAGAUUCCCGCCGGUGCAGUUGCAUACUCAACCCUGGGCCCUGCCGGGCCAUCAUACCUUCCCUCAAAUACCGCAAAGCAACAACAAGCUCACGGCCACCGCGCAAAUCAGACAGAGCGAUCGAGACUCCGCGAACUUCUCCAUGGCUAGCAGCGGGGAUUCCGACACAUGUUUACCGCACUAAGACUCCAGAACUGCUGGUAGUCAUGAAUUCGAAUCGCGUUAGGUGAUAUCUGGUAUUUUCGUAAUGAUAUUUUCGUGAUGACAAAUGACAUCGGAGAGCAGUUUCCAGGCAUGGCGUACCGAUGUCACGAUUAUGAUCUCCCCAAAUGCUUAUAAAUGAAAAUGAUAGAAAUGUAAUAGGCAAAGGGUAGAGAAAAAAGAGAAAGAUACCUUUUUGCGCAAACUCGAGACAAGUAUAUCUCUAAUAUCUUGCUUUGAAAUCAAUAAAUCUCUAAGAUUC